CACUCAAGAGUUGAACGUUCAUCCCUUUUAGACUCAAAAAAUAUAAAGCUUGAUAUUGUUCUUAUAAUGUAUAUUUGUAAAUGUAGGGUGUAGACCACAACAUAAUUUAGAUAAAUAUCAUACAUGAUGUUGGAUGAAAACUUGAAAUCAAGGUCCUUUUCAGCCUAUGAAAAUUGCUAAAAGACUAAGUAAAUUCAAACAAACACAAAAAUUCGUUAACCCAUACCAUUGUGAUAAAUUUUUGUUAGGUGAAUACUUUUAUACUAAUCGUAAGAUAAUUGUCUUAGUUGAAUGUAUUUAUGUUAAGGGUCAGCUAUAACUAUGUAAGAUAAUUGUUAUGUUUUAUUCAUUAUAUAAAUUGUGAAUUGGUAAAUUCACCAAAAUUUUCUCACUUAAUGAUAAUGUGAUUUUAUAUUGGUUAAUCAAUUAACCAAAUCGAUUAAACUUUGAUUUGGUUAAUUUAGUUGUAUUAGUUUGGACGAUUUGAUUAUGAUAUUGUAUUCCAUGAUUAAUGAAAUUUAACUUAUUUAGCCAUUUAAACACCCCCUAAAUAUUUCUCCAUCGCUCCAAUUCAUUCCAGAGCAGAAAAGAAAGCAAAAAACAGAGAGAGAGACAAAACCCAAAGCCAGAGAGAGCCAGAGAGAAAGUUCAUUUGAUUCAUCUCUCUCUCUUCUGUUCUUUCCAAUUUUCUUUCCCUUGUGCUUUUCUUUCAUCUCCUCUUUCCUUUGUGGAUAUAAUAAAGAAGAAGAAAAAAGAUAUAUAAAGAGAAGGAAGCCAUUAACCCUCUGGCUUUUGGAGUUGUCCGUCCUUCUUCCUCAUCAGUCAUCACUCACUCUCUCUCUCUCUCUCUCUAGUCUCUAUAGUCUCUCACCGACCAGUACUUUCCGCAUUCAUUAAUAGUUUCUUUUGCUCUCGCCAUAACCACUGAGGAAAACAUCCAGUCUGUUGCAUCAAAAGACAGCCCUCUGUUUUGCCACUUCUGGCCAACCAAUUCCUCUCCCCCUCUACUCUGUUUUUUCUCCUUUCGUUCUCUUCAAGGAAACUCCUUCCUUCCCUCUUUCUUUCUAUCUCUGUUCUUUUUCCCCACUCCCUCCGUGUUUUGCUCUUUUGAUGAUUCUGAGGUACCUGAGGCUCUGAGGCAGCUCUUCUUCGUCAUCAUUUGUGUUGUAGUUUGGGUUAUUUAAUGUGGGGAUGCUGGAUGGUGAUGUGGUGGUGCUGCUGCUGAGAUUUUGAAAGCCAAGCCAGGGUUUAAAAGAAAAGAGAGGGCUUUGGUGGGCUGUUUUUGUGUUCUAUUUCUCUUGCUCCUUAAAGAGUGAACAAUGGGUAGUGGCAAAAUGGAAACUUUUGUCAAGGAGAAGCUCAGGGGACUCUGUUGCAGCAACAAUGGCUGGUCUUUUGGACUCCUCUGGCGCUUUGAUCACCGCAAUUCCAUGUUGCUAAGACUGGAAGAUGCCUUUUAUGAAGAGCAAAUGAAGACAGUAGUUGAGGAUUUGCUUCCCCAGGUCCACAUGGUUGGUGAAGGAAUGGUUGGAGAGACAGCCUUUAGUGGGAAGCACAAGUGGAUUUCCUGGGCUGCUGAUGAUAGUGGAUGGUGUGAUUCUGAGAUCACCAGACUGAUCUCUUCUGGAGUGAAGACAAUUUGCAUGAUCCCAUUGGGUUCGCAGGGCGUCAUACAGCUUGGAUCCAUACAUAAGAUUUCUGAGAGGCAAGAGUUUGUGGAUCAAACCAAAAGAUUGUUCAGUGACACGGAGAAGGCUGAAUGUAUCGUUCCAAUGACCACCAGCACUGCUUCAUCUUUGACCUAUGAUGCUGCUUCUUCUGAUCUCAGUGACUGGUUUGCUUCCUUCUGUUCUGGAACCAUCUCACCCAUCCAUGGUGGAAAUUGUGAUGAGCUGGUGGAAUUUGGUUGUACUUCAUCAAACUUCACUCAGUCUUCUGUUCCAACAUCAUGUGUUGAACAAGAAAGGAUUGUUCCUUCAUUUAUGGAUGCAAGCCGUGAGCGUGCUUCGUCAGAGUCGGGAGGCAAGCUGGACUGCAACAGUACAUGGAGCAAUGAAGGUUCAAUUUUGACCUCACUAGAGUCACAAUUAGCUUCAGAGAUCGAGUUCUGUAAUUUUCCAUGGAUGCUUUCAUCUAGUGGAAGUACUCCAAUGUCCCAUGGGAAUUUGCAAGGGAAUGCAACACUUGCUCCAUGUUACAAUACAGGAGGGUUGAUGGAUGUGGACAAGUCGACUCAAGCAUAUGCUGAAAGAUCUGUGACAAAGAAUGAGUCUUCGACUGUCAUUAAGCUUGAGGGACAGGAAACUUUAUGUGAGUUUCCUGAAGAGUUCAAGCAGGAUGAUUUGUCCACAGAUUUGUCCAACUUUUUCAUAUUGGAGGACCCAUUUGAGUGGAUUCCUUGUUCACAAAGCAAUAACACCAAUGUUAUGACUCCACAAGUUGAGGCAAAUCUUUCACAAUCGGUAAGCUUUCGUGCACCAGCUUCUGGCCUGCUUGAAGAUAUUUACAGUGAGCAACCCAAACCUGGGGUCUCCAUUGCUGCUCAUAGCGAUAUGUUCGAAAUCCUAGAUCUAAUGUCCGUUGAUGGACAAGUUGGUAAUGGGGAGAAUUCGAUGGCACCUUUGGUUAGUGGUACUCAGCCAGGUACUAGCAAAGAUGACUCAAAGUUCCACCCAACAUUAAAUGGUAACUCGAAGCAGAAGGGCUUAUUCUCUGAACUGGGACUUGAAGAGCUUCUAGGUGGCCUGAAGAGUUCAAGCUUUGCUAGUGCUAGAUCCAGCGUCAUCGAUGAAGGACUACUGCCACCUACCAAGAGAAGAAAAAUGGAGAAAUCAUCAUCACUCAGCGUCAACCAACUUCACUUGGGGAAUGUCUCUUGUUCAGCAAGCAGCAGCACAAGCAUGCUGUCCGCAAGCAGUUUGGACAAGGCAAAGUCACCAAUUGCACUAUUGAUUGAAGACAGCUUCAGCAGCAUCAACACCAGAGGAGGUAUUCCAGGAAAAGAUAAGAAGCCCAACGAUCCUGCUAAAAAGGUGGGUGUCAAGAAGAGGGCUAGGCCUGGUGAGAGCACGCGGCCAAGGCCAAAAGAUCGUCAGCAGAUCCAAGACCGUCUCAAGGAGUUGAGAGGCAUAGUUCCUAAUGCUGAAAAGGAUAGCAUAGACAAUUUGUUGGAUAGAACCAUCAGACACAUGUGUUUCUUGCAGAGUGUGGCAAAAUAUGCAGACCAGCUUAAACAAGUCGACAAGCCUAAGAUUUCGGCAGGCGAAGGUGGUUGUGGUGCUACCUGGGCAUUGGAAGUUGGUGAUGAAACAGUGGUUUGUCCUGUCAUAGUUAAAGAUCUAGUUCCUCCUGGACUAAUGCUUGUAGAGAUUCUGUGCAAGGACCAGGGAUACUUUCUUGAAAUAGCUGAGGCAGUGAGGGGAUUUGGGUUGAACAUACUGAAAGGAGUGAUGGAAGCUCAAGAUGAUAAGAUAUGGGCACGAUUCGUGAUCGAAGCGAAUUCAUCCAUGACAAGGGCUGAUGUACUUUGGUCCCUUGUCCCACUUUUACCCCAAAAUGCUAGUAGUGGGAUGGACCAGAACCUGUCAAGUAAUGUUGCUGUAUCGAGAAGUUACCAGCAACCAGGGGCACUGGUUUGCCCCAUUGGCAUGGCUGAGACAACUCAAUGAUAGUACUACUACUACUACUGCUGUUGUAGUUGUAACACCUUGAGCAAUUCAUGAUUUUGAGGCUAAAUGCUGUGAUUGAAGUGGUAAUCAGUUAGAAUAGAGCAAGUUAAAGAAAAGUAAGAUGGAAAGUAGACAAAUGAUAGUAAUCGUGAAUAUUUGGUUGUUGAUUACAGUUAGGAUAUAACAUAACAUUAAACCUAGUCCCCCCUCUCUUCUGCUACACAGAAUCACUUCACUGUAAGUCUGAAAAAGACCAGUAAUAGUAAUAGGAUAACAGGCAUUGUAAUUUUUUUCUCAACAUUUACUGCUGUUUUCUUAAGUAUAUAUAUAGUAACCAGUGCCUAAUCACUAAUCAGUCCAUAACAGGGUGUUUUGAGAAGUGGAAUUUACUCUGUCCGUCCUGAUAGCUUUCAACUUGCCAUGUGACUACAAGGUUCCAUCGUGGUUACUGGUUAAAAUUGUAUCUUACUGGUGUUAUCAAAAGGACAUUAAUCAAUUUACGAGUUUGGUACAUAAUUUCCGUGUCAAUUAUAUAAAUAGUCUCUAAACUUUGGAGUAACUAUCCGAUCGGUCAUUGAACUUUGACAUUUAACAAACUUGCCGAUUAAAGUUUAGAUUCAUAAAAAUAACAGUUACUUUGUCCAUUCACAUGAGGAUCUCCUUCAAAAUUCUUCGAAUCAGAUGAACCAAAUUGCAAUAUAAUGGUUUCCUUGACUUUAAUUAGCUAACAUGAACAAAUUAAUUUAAAUUAUAAACGCCUGAAACCAAACUCGUUGCGCCAUCCAAUUCCAACCUUCCACAUACUGGAAGACACUCGUCGCAAACCAGCAUGCAAGAUUUGGAUACCGCGAUUUAAUUUCCUUGUCAUGCAAAGAUAACUCACCUUUUUUCUUUCUUUCUUCCAUCAUUUUUAUAGUAUUUUUUAGGGUUUCAAGUGGUUGAUGGUGUAAACACACUAACCAUCCACUUCCUUCACAAAAUCACCAUUACGGAUCUGACAUUUUUUAAGAUUAGUUUUCAAGAUGGUAACGUCUGAUAACAAAAGCAUGUGAUUAAAGUAACUUGUCUUUCUUAUUGUUUAAAAUGCUAGCUGAGGGAAAGGAAGAACAAACCACAGAGCACUAAAUGAUUCUCUACGUUAAAAACUGGCUAAUUAGGUAGCCGAAACUGAUUGUUGUCCUUAUUUUAAAAACUACACCAGAUUAUGUUAGGGGAAUUAGUGAAACCUCAAAAGGUUAGGUAUUAUGCAAGUGAUCGUUUUUGUUAGGAGGGAUAAUAGAUUAUGCACCAUGACAUCUACUUCUAGCCCCCACCAUUAUUCACCAACCAAAGGUUGUAGUUUCAAUAAAAUGGAUGGUGAAAUACCAAGUUGGGGGUAUUCAUAUCUCGCAAGAGAUGACUUGAAUGUAGACGUGUAAGAAGAACACAGGAUGAGAAUGAAACGAACAAUUGUAUAAGAGUUGAGAAAUGAAAUGUGUGUCGUUUGGCACAAGAAUUUGUUUCUUUUUAGUAAAACUAGAAUACAAUGAGAAUUAAUUCGAAUGAAUUAAGACUCCAAACCCUACAUGGAAUUGGGAAAGUGUUACACUCUUCUUGCAUUGCAGAAAAAGCUAUACAUAAUGGUUUUCCGAUAUGUCUUACUUAGUAAUCUGACAUAUGUAACAUGUUCUUCUCUUCAUGUGCAACCUCUAACAACAAACUGCAGCACUUUCUAGAGGUUGUGUGGUGUUGAGUGCUGUCCCUAACACACAGUGGAAUUGAGCUUUAGAAACAAGUUUCUAGACACACGGGAAGGUUGGAAAUUGUCAAAACUCCAGUCAGCAUAUAACUUCUUUGUUCUUUUCUGGUUUAUGUUUGAAGGUACGAGAUGGUAUACCUCAGGAAUAAAACAAGCACAGGGAAUAAGAGCCAACCUUUUUUGUGAUAGCUGAGUGUGCCUUUCAAAUCAAUGGACUUUGUGGAAAAGGGUUUCCAUCAUCAGGAGAUAAGUGCUGUAUCCAUUCACCUCAAAUGUCAAAAACUAGGUACAGAAAGCCAGCCAAUUGAACCCUAGCCCCUCAUAAAAACAUUUUAAUCCCUAAAAAAACCCAUCUCUCAUUUUCUUUUCUCUAGUGAUGAAAACCUAAUUGUCCCAUUCAUGACCUAAUUUGGUGGUGGGAGGGAAUAGACAAUAGUAUAUACUUGGAAGUGCAAGAUCUGCAGAUUAUAUAUUAUGAAGACCCAGCUGGAUUGGUGCUUCAGCAGAACCACAACAUGCAUGGCGAGAAAUUGUCCAAUUCACCCACUAGGGAAUGAUAAUACCAGAAUACUCUCACAACUUUUGGUGAAGAUCAGUGGUUAACGGUUCAGGAAUUUCAGCUAGUUUACUUGAACCAAUAGGGACAUGCAGUCGCCUCAAUUGGGAUAAAAGGGGGAAAUGGUGCCUUCUGGGAAUUAAGAAGUAUGGAAAAGAAGGCAGUUGUAGUUAGUGUAGAGCAGGGGAAAUGGAGGGCAGGUGUCCUUAUAGUAUAGAGAAGAGGGAGAUAAACUAAGAUAAACUACAACAAACCAGAGGGAGGAAGUAAGGAAGGAAGGGUUUGCUCCCAAAUGUUCUUGGGAGGACCACAGUGGCAAUUUGCCAAAAUAAAGAAGGCGGUCCUCCAUAUUAUUAUCAACUUCUGCAUAAAUAUCAGUAAUAUUAUAAUAUACUUAAGAACCUCUUCUUUGUCCUAGGCAUUGUGGGUUUCCCUAAUUUUCUUAUCCAGAGGGGGAACAGAUCAGAGAGGAAGCUGAUCACAUUCCCACUCAGUAGUCAUAAACAGUACCAGCAUACCAAAUACCAAGACUUACUAUCUCUUCUUAGUCUUAUCGCUUAUGUUUGAUGUUGCAGAGCCAUGUUGGUAAAAUCAUGAAAACAGUGGAUUAGUGGAGUAGAUUAACAUCUGCAGCCCUUGUUAAUUCUCUCCAAGUUCUGUCUUAAAAUUUUCAUAUUGGCGCAGUUGUUCAAUGUUGUAUGGUGGAAAAAGAUUAAAAUUUGCAGUGCAAUACAAGCGUGUGUGACAUAAAAUCUAGAAAGAAAAGGCGUAACAUGAUAGAUUAAGUAGUGCAGUGCGAUCACAAAGUCUCGAACACGCGGAAACAAGAAAUGAAUGAACGAUUAGAUGGUAUGAUAUGUCACCUGUAUGGCUGCUGAUUUCAUCAGAUCAUCAUCAGCUCUCAGCAGCAACAACACAAUCUGCACAAGAAAUUGGAAAUUUGUCC